AUGGCCCUGGAGCAGCUCUGCGCGGUCCUCAAAGCAUUUCAUGACAGAAAGUCAUUCCACUCGAACAAUAAGAGCCCCAGCCGAGGCGUCGCGGAGCAGCUCUGGAAAAGCCCCGCGCUGGCGGGUGGCGGAACGGCCUGCGGGCCGGACCGGGUCCCACCUGCUGCGGCCGCGGAGGCUGCGGCACCACUGCGGGCGCCGCGGCCCGGCCCGGCCCGGAGCCCGCUGCUCGCGGCCGCGCCCCGGCGCUUCCCGGGACCUCGGAAUACCGUGCCGCUGCUUGAAGUGUUGUUAAUAACAAUACUUGUAGUCGAAGGGAUUGCUGUGGCCCAAAAGACCCAAGAUGGACAAAAUAUUGGAAUCAAGCAUAUUCCUGCAACCCAGUGUGGCAUUUGGGUUCGAACCAGCAAUGGAGGUCAUUUUGCUUCACCAAAUUAUCCUGACUCCUAUCCACCAAACAAGGAGUGUAUCUACAUUUUGGAAGCUGCUCCACGUCAAAGAAUAGAGCUGACCUUUGAUGAACAUUAUUAUAUAGAACCAUCAUUUGAAUGUCGGUUUGACCACUUGGAGGUUCGAGAUGGGCCAUUUGGUUUCUCUCCACUUAUAGAUCGUUACUGUGGUGUGAAAAGCCCUCCACUCAUUAGAUCAACAGGGAGAUUCAUGUGGAUUAAGUUUAGUUCUGAUGAAGAACUUGAAGGACUGGGAUUUCGAGCAAAAUAUUCAUUUAUUCCAGAUCCAGACUUUACUUACCUAGGAGAUUGCCAGUUUGAGCUCUCGGGAGCUGAUGGAAUAGUGCGUUCUAGUCAGGUAGAACAAGAAGAAAAAACAAAACCUGGCCAAGCAGUUGAUUGCAUAUGGACAAUUAAGGCUACUCCAAAAGCCAAGAUUUAUUUGAGGUUCCUAGAUUAUCAAAUGGAGCACUCAAAUGAAUGCAAGAGAAACUUCGUUGCAGUUUAUGAUGGAAGCAGUUCUAUUGAAAAUCUGAAGGCCAAGUUUUGCAGCACUGUGGCCAAUGAUGUGAUGCUGAAAACAGGAGUUGGAGUGAUCCGAAUGUGGGCAGAUGAAGGUAGUCGGCUAAGCAGAUUCAGAAUGCUCUUUACUUCCUUUGUGGAGCCUCCCUGCACAGGUAGCACUUUCUUCUGCCACAGCAACAUGUGCAUCAACAAUUCUUUAGUCUGUAACGGUGUUCAGAACUGUGCAUACCCUUGGGACGAAAAUCACUGUAAAGAAAAGAAAAAAGCAGGACUAUUUGAACAAGUCACUAAAACCCAUGGAACAAUUAUUGGCAUCACAUCAGGGAUUGUCUUGGUCCUUCUCAUUAUUUCUAUUUUAGUACAAGUGAAACAGCCUCGAAAAAAGGUCAUGGCUUGCAAAACUGCGUUUAAUAAAACUGGGUUUCAGGAAGUGUUUGAUCCUCCUCAUUAUGAACUGUUUUCCCUACGGGACAAAGAGAUUUCUGCAGACCUAGCCGACUUGUCAGAAGAACUGGACAACUACCAGAAGAUGCGGCACUCCUCCACUGCCUCCCGGUGCAUUCAUGACCAUCACUGUGGGUCGCAAGCACCCAGUGUCAAACAGAGCAGGACCAACCUGAGUUCCAUGGAACUGCCUUUCCGAAAUGAUUUUGCACAACCACAGCCAAUGAAAACAUUUAACAGCACUUUCAAAAAGAGUAGCUACACUUUCAAACAGGCACAUGAGUGCCCUGAACAGGCCCUAGAAGACAGAGUAAUGGAGGAGAUUCCUUGUGAAAUUUAUGUCAGAGGGCGAGAAGAUUCUGCACAAGCGUCCAUAUCCAUCGAUUUUUAA